AGCAAGCCUCAAAAACGUGUUGUAUGUGCUAGCUGCUAACAGUAGAAAUUUUGUGUAGGUAAGACAUUCAGUCUUAAUUAUUUUAAAAAAUACAGACGUUUAUUGGCUUGAAUUUUAAUGGAAUAAAUAUUUAGUCACAAUAUCAAAAGCGAAGAGAAGGUGAGGGGUGGAAGGUGAUGGAGGUGAGAACUGCAGCAGGAGUUGUUGCCGACCGGCUGAUGGAGUUUGAGGAGCAGGGAGAAAAGCUCUCUGCCACGCCAGUGAAACCGAACGAAAAGGACGAGAGAAUGGAUCAAGAAACAUGUACUUCCGUCAGUAUGAAAAACCAUAAGGGGGAAACGAGCCCAGAACCAGUCAGGAUCGUUCCCAUCCCUGCCCAACCCACGACCACAGCCUCCGCCUCCAGCAAGACCGUGAAGCUUGCAGGAUCCCCUUUGGGCUUCACGGUCAAUGGCCAACCAAUCCAACUUCUGCCUGGAGGUGGCGGUGCAGAGCUGAGGCUGCAUUCUCAUCCUGAAGGCUCAGCCAGUGGCUUCACCAAAAUCCAGAUCCCCGUCACCCUGACCCUCCACAGUCCCUUAGGUACUCGCUACAUCACCACCACAGCCUCGCUGACAGCCAGCUCCUCCAUGGCUCCUCCUCCUCCGGUUGUUGUUCCACCUGGACCCGAACCCAUCCCCAUUAUCACAGGCGUUGUUUCUGGUGAGGCAGCAAAGAAGGUUCUGAACGACCACAGCGUGAACCUUAACUCCAGUUUCCAGAAGUGUGACAAAACUCCCCCCUCUCCUGGAGCCACAAGCCCAAAACCCAAGAAAGGGAGGACCAGACCCUGUCCGAGCAGAAUCGCAGCGCCUGACAAACUGCUACGAAAAGGUGAGAUUGGUGUUGCUACUCCUCCCGACUGCCAGAUCUGUAAAUCUCAGUACAAACUCAUCACAGAGCUACGAGGCUUCAUGUGUAUGUGCUGCCCAGUCAUCGCCGACUCUCUGGUAAAUCUGAGAAAACAGAAGAUCAAACGCCGCAGAAGGGCCAGGCUGCUGAGGAAGGCCUUUAAUCUCAGCAGAGAACAUCCGAUUUUCAACAAACCGCCCCGGAUUCAACCGGCUGUCUCUCAUGUUAAAGUCAUCACUCCUCCCCGGAGGAUCCGCAGACAUUCUGAUGACGUCCAGUCGGACGACAUCAGCAGCCCUUCGUCGCCCCCCCUCAGCCCCUCGCGGCCGAGCAUGUUGCUACCAACCGACUACCCUCCUAGCAAACUGGUGAUAAUGGUGGAGGAUUUCUUUUAUGGCCGUGCCCCUGGAAACAGUGGCGAUAAAAGCAGCGAGCUGGAGGGGAAGUACGAGUUCCACUGCAUCCACUGCUCCGCGGUGUUCAGCACCAACAUCAAGUUGAUGGAUCACAUGCAGCAGCAUGUGUCCAUGUUGUCUCAGGAAGAUGGACACAUUGACACCGGGCCCACCUGUCCCAGCUGUUUUCGUCACUUCCCGUCUCCGUUCAGUUUGCAGUGCCACGUGAAAGAUGUUCACAGCCAGUAUGAGUCCGCAGUGAUGUGCAAGAUCUGUGAGCUUGCGUUCGACAGCGAACCCGCCCUCCUCUGUCACAUGAAGGGCACCCACUGCCCAGGGGAGAUGCCCUACGCCUGUCAGGUGUGUGAGUUUCGGUCGUCUUUCUACUCGGACGUCUGGUCUCACUUUAGAGAGGCUCACUCCGACACCAGAGACCUGCUGUGUCCGUACUGCCUCAGAGUCCUGCACAGCAACACCUGCUACCAGCAGCACUUUGCUCGGCAUCAGAAGAAACAGAAGCUCAGCUGCGACAAGUGUCGUCUUCACUUCCUGUAUGUCAGAGAACGCGCAGAACACAAAGCAUUAAGUCAUAAAACUCACGUCGCACCCCCACAGCUUAGCGGACUCAAACCUGGAACCAAGGUAACUGUAAGGAUGUAUUCUGUAGUUGGAGGACCUGAAAGGAAGGAGGAAUUGAACAAAGUUUAUAUUCCCUCAAAGGUGGUAGAUGUCGCCCCACCUGCCCAUGAACAGGAGGUUCCCAAGCAGAGGACAGUCGAGCGUUUGGGAACGCUUCUGUCCGGUCUGAGCGCUGACGGUGACUUUGACCGAUCUCAGCGCUGCAUCGAGUGCCUGAAAUCGAUCCCAGACCCGGAGGUCCAUUUCCCAACACUGGUUCACUGCUCGUUCUGCAAGUUCACCACAUGCUGCUCCAACUCCUACGCCAACCACAUGAUCAAUAAUCACACCGUAUGGAAAGAGCCUCAGUUUCCAGCCAUCUACGAGUUGAACCCGAGGUUGCCGCAGGCUUUAAGAUGCGAUUCAUGCACAUUUUCCACCUUCAGAGGGGAUGCGAUGGCCAAUCACAUGACGGAGAGACCGGAUCACGUUUGCAUAACGAAUAAAGAGAGAAUAUUAAGACACUCUAAGGAUCCCAUCCCUGACAGCGCCCCAGUCAGUCAGAAGCUAAGCAACGGUAAAGGAUCCUUCGUCCCGAUUCAGCUCCUCCCUCCUGGUCAGACGUCCCCCCAGCUGUCGGUCAAAGCCCUCAGCACCGCCGCCUCGCCGCCCUUCAGACCGGCCAUGACCAUCAAGGUUAUGGGGGUUGGAAAGCAAAGAGCCAGUCCUCUGUCGCACGAUCAGCUCGCCAUCGUCCUCUCCUCCCUGUGCCACGGCAUAUCCGAGAUAGCUCGGCGCAACAAUGUGUCUCCCGCGAUGAUCCGGUCCUGGAUCGCGUUGCAGCAGCGCGGCCUGGCGCAGAGGAGGUGGGGCUGGAAAACGGACAAGAUGGCGGAGUGGGUCUUGAAUCGGCGAGAGCAGCAGCUGAGCGUGACGGAAACGGUCCUGCUGCUGACGGCCAGGGCCACGCUGGGCGAGAGCACGCAGGUGGAGGAGUGUUACAGCUGGACGAUAGACUUCAUGCUGAGGCACGACCUCGGCCUGCAGACCACCAACAACAACAGGCUGAAGAGCAUCAGGGACAACAGCCGCAGCUUCAUAGACGCCAUCUACGCACAGAUCCAAAAAGGGGUUUUGCCUCUCAGCUGCUGGGGCUGCAUGGACGAGCUUCCCAUCUUCAUCAACUUGGACCUGUUCUCCAAACAAGACACCUCAGCCUUCCAGCUGUUCGCGUCCCCCGAGGACGAAGCCGUCUUUGAGAUUGUCCUCUGCGCCCUGUCGGACGGCCGCCUGCUGCCCCCUCUGCUGUUCUUCAAGGGAACCGCGUCGAGCAUCCCAGACGGGUUUCCUGACAACGUGCUGCUGGAAGCCCGGGAGGAGGGCUUCACAGAGGAGGAGCGUCUGCAGAUCUGGAUCAAUAAGGUGUGGGACCCCUGUGUGGCGUCAAAACAGGACGACGAGUCUCUGCUGGUGAUGGACGUCCAUCGAGGUCACCUCAGUGAAACGUUCAGAGACGGCCUGGCCGCCGUCAACACCGACGUCGCCUUCAUCCCCGCAGGCUGCAGCUGUCGCCUGCAGCCGCUGGAAAUCUGCGUGACACAAGUGCUGCGGGAUUUUCUGCAGGCCCGGUGGUCUCAGCUGGUGUCUGACGGCGGUCUGGAUGGUCUGGGACUGGAUCAGCUGGCUCUGACCAUGGCCUGUUGGCUCAGCGAGGUUUCCUCUACUCUCAACUCGCAGACAGACAUCCUGCGCAGGUCGUUCACGUUAGCAUGCAGCCUGCAGCACUUGGAGAAUCAAGGAGAGGCGGCGAGGAUGAUCACAGCCCUAACCGAAGCCCUGACCCAGCCCCCUGAGUCUGGGUCACAAGAACCUGGACCUAAACCGGCACAUUUACCAACGCGGAGACUGGAGCAGGAACGAAUGCCGCCGCCGCUGCUGCUGGUGAUCAAGGAGGAGAAGAAACAGGGCCCGAAUGAAGCGGGGAAACUUAGAGGCAUACAGCGGGAGAUCAGCAGCCCGUCUGCUCUGUUCAACAGCGGCAGCGACGCCGACUCAGCAUCGCACAUGUAGACGUCUGUAACACGAACCGCUGCUAGAGAUCAGAUCCUCGCUGCGUAUUAAACCGGCUCUGAAACGAGGACGGACGCCAAUAAAUGGCACUAAAGACGAGAAAAAUGUUCAAAUUAAGACAUUUUCCUUGUCUUAGAUGUGGUGAUAUGGAUCUCAGUCAUGAAAUGUCUUAAAUAUAAGUUAACUGAAAUAAAAAUCUGAAGUCAAAUAGGCGCUAACGCCUUGUUGCAUCUUGAAUUUAUCUAAUUAUUUGUAUCAGUCAGAAAAUAUUUGUUGUCCGAAACAAUAAAGAACUAAACUAAA